ACUCGACAAUUUAAAAGAUAUACAGAAUCCCGCGUGCAAACAUCAAUGACAAAAAAAAAACGUUUUUUUUUCAGUUUCUUUUCUUAUUGACUCUUCUGGGUUAGGUUUGAUUUCUCCGAUUCAUUCUUAGUAUUGUUGAUCUUAAAAUGCUUCUUUAAUUUAAUAACUUAAGUGUUCAUUCUGCGGCUUAUCUUGAUCAAAUUUCUACAAAAAAGGCAGUAUGUAUACACAAAAAGGUUUUGCCUGAAAGACUCUACCCAGGGUUUUAAAAUCUCACAAUCUCCAGCGACGUCGCAUGUAACUAACGUCAUCACCUUCGAUGAACUGUGUUGCCGACAACGCACGUGUAAGUACUGUAACUAUCUAGUCAUGGCAGGCUCGUUUUCCCAAGAGCUUGAGGAGUUGUUGAAUCCUUUGCCCAAAUUUGCGGAUCCAGAAGAUUACGAUGACGACGCGACCAAAGCCAGGGUCAUCGAAAGGUUCCAUGACGACGACGACGACGACGAAGAUGGCUUCGGCCUCAGUGCCCUGCGGAAGCACAAUACAUCCCUGCUCUCAGACACAGACAGACGGUACGUGGGGAAGGCAGUCUCUCGUAAACAGCUGCUGAUGGAUAUUGAGGGAUCUGCUGAGGAGGAAGAAGAAGAAGACGAGGAAGGUAGCACAGAAGAUUUAGAAGAAGAUGAGGAAGAGAGUCCUAUGGGGGAGGAGGAGAGUUCUAUGGGGGAGGAAGAGGCUGCUGCUGAUAGUGAAAAUGAUUUAAAGGCUGAUGAAGAGGAGUUGGUGGGAAGUGAUGCACAGCUAGAUGCCAAGCUGCCAUUUAAGAUGAAGGGCACUGACUUCAUCUUCCCUCAGGGAGUGGACUUCUCCAAGCUGACUGAGGGCAUGGAUGACCUGGGAGUGAGUGGGGACGAUGAUGAUGCUGAUAGUGGCAAGGAGACUGAAGGCAGUGAUGAAGAUGAGAGCUAUGUUGAUGAGAAGGAAGAUGAUGAUGAAGAUGGUGAAGAAGACGGAACUGUUCGCACAUUUUCUCAAGAGAAAGUAGAUGCAGAGGUUGAGAAAGGGAAGGCUGUGAAGAACCAGUUGGCUCUGUGGGAUCAAAUGCUCAAGGGUCGAAUCAAACUCCAGAAAGCUCUGGUGACAGCCAACCAGCUUCCACAGCCGGACACAUUCACAGAGUUCAAGAGCAUAGGGGGUCCUGAGUUUGCGGGGGCACUGAAGAACACCCACAAGGCUUUAAAAGCUCUUCAAAGGUCCCUGCUGGAGCUGCAUGAUCAGCUGCUGUACCAGAACCCAGACAUGAGGGCCAUCGUUCUGGGGAAGGCCGAUGAUGAGAUAAACAGUGAUGAGAAUGAGGAUGAAGAGGGAUCAGUGCACAAGGGUGGAGCACGGAAACAGAAGCUGGAGAUGGCAGACUACCCAGACUUCAUGGCCAAACGUUUUUCAGCAUUCCAACCUUACUGCAACGCCACACUACGGAAGUGGCAUGACAAAACCAGACUGACCACGGGCAAGAGCAACAAGGGUUUUGGGGCAUUUGAUAGGGACAUCCUGACCCAGGUGGAGCAGGUGCUGAUGGACAAAGAGAGGCUGGUGCGACGCACCCAGAUCCGACGCUCAGAAUACAGAGUCUUGGGAAAAAAGGAGACCUCUGAGACCAUCACCAAUGAAGGAGGGGAUGUAGAGCAGCCGCUGAAAGCAAACAUGCAUCUCAAAGAUCUGGAUGAGGACAUAUUUGAUGAUGAUGAUUUCUACCACCAGCUGCUAAGAGAGCUGAUUGAGCGCAAGACGAGUGCAACAGAUUCCAAUGACCAGGUGGCUAUGGGCAGGCAGUGGCUGGCCAUCCAGAAAUUGCGCAGCAAGAUAAAGAAGAAAGUAGAUACCAAAGCCAGCAAGGGACGUAAAGUCAGAUUUCACAUUCACAGUAAACUGGUCAAUUUUAUGGCACCAAUUGACCACAGCUCAAUGAGUGACGAGGCACGCAGUGAACUGUAUCGUGGCCUCUUUGGCCAGAACUCCUCAGUCAGAGAGUCACAUUAAGGAGGUACUUUUGGAGCACAUCUCAGAUGCUAGGAUAUAAACUGAUCAGUGCCUUCUCUACAUACCCAGGAUUGAGGCUGGGCAGCAGUGUGGAUUAGGAUGGAGACUGUGCCUGCUCUUCACAUUGGUUGGACAGUUCUGGUGCUCCGACUUGACAGGAAUAAAAUAGACUCAGAGGGCACAUGUAAUUUUUAAUAAAUACCUUUUACUGAGUACAAUUCUACAGUAUGUGUUGUUGCCUACUGACCAAAUUGUGAUAAAAAACUGAAAUAUGUACAUAAUACAUAGAAAGUGUUAAAUGGAAUUGAAGGAAAACAAAUGUGUGCUUUUUCUUCUGUCAACAAGUCUCAUAUGGUUCAGGUCAAGUGUUUAUUUCAGAUUGCCCCCAAACAUAUUAUAUAUGCUGAGUACCAAUUCCAUAUACCACACAAAUUGUAUUAGGGUGUACUAAUCUUUAUAGUAUGAUGUUUUUUCAGUUAGUAUCCAACAAGUUCAUACUUUUUUAAACUAACAGAAAAUGAUACAGUACUUGUGCCAUCGUUAACCAAACUGCAGUUUUAAAAUGUCACUGCCAAUGGUGGGGGGGGGUAUACCAUUUCACUUUGUGCAUUGCAGUGUGGGAGAACUGUCCAUCAACGGCACAUUCAGAAAUACUUUGUGCAUACUGUCUGUUUUAAUUGAAUUUUAUUAUUCUCACUUUUGUGUGCUCACACUACAAACUGAAAACUGUUGAGAAUUAGGAUGCAGUCUUUGCAGGAUUUUGCACACAGCUGUUCACUAGACUUAUGACAUUACAUGCACUGCAGAAAAAUGACAUGACCUCAGUGUCCUCAAAGGUACAUAUGGCCCAGAUGGCCACUACAUGACUUCACUGUAUCGAGUGAAACGUGUAAUCUUUUCUGGGUAAUUAGAAUAGACAGACCACGAAGCAGCAUGUGGCACUUGAACACAGAUUAGACUUAACUGAGGCAGAGUGACAUAAAAUGACAACCAGAAAUGGAAAUUUUUGAAUCAAACACAUGAAGUUGUUAGUGACAGAUGUGUCAACUCAAGGAAGCAAAGAAUACCUGAGAGGUUUAUCUUAAGAAAUAUGUACACAUGAAGAAAACUAUGAGAAUGCAUUUGCAUUGGGAACUGAAUGCAUAAUUUAAAUGAAAAUUUGCAUACAAGUGUGCCUGAGGAUUCUAAUUUAAGGGAAUCAAAGAAAAUAAUACUUUGUGGUAAGUCCAUAACAACAUAGUUGUUUGUUAUAUUACUGACAUCUCAUUGAGUUACAGUAAUGUCAAUACUGCAUUAAGGUAAAACUCAAUUAGUCCACAAAGACAGUACAGAAGAUCAUCUUUGGUGAUGAUUUCAUACAUCAUCUUAUUUGAGGAAGAAACUGGUUGUUUUAUUUGCCUAAUAUGUAGUUUUGAUUUACAAAAGGCAACUACAGCCUGGGGCCAAACAAACAUUAGAAAUCUCACCCCAUUAGUACAUUAUUUCCAAAAUCAAAAUAUGCCUUAUAGAGAGCUUGCAAGUUGCAUUGAUAAAGGGUAAGGUCACACAGUGAGGUAGGGUAAGGCCCUGCCAUCAAACAGCAUGUUGCUACAUUGCAUGUAUUGUAUGGUUAAAGUGUCCACUAU